AAAACUGUCUUAUGUUUCUCACUUCCAUUUCCCCUAGGUUAUAUAUUGCACGUCGAGAAUGUAAUAUCUGUUUUGAUUAACUGUGUUUUCGUGCGGUGACAUUAGAGAAGAUUGCACAGGGAGAACUACAUGGCUUCAAUGGCAGUUUCAUACACACCUAUUUCCUUCCCACUUCAGCAAAGCGGCAGAAAGCUUUUACCUUCAUUUUCCCACUCAACGAGGAUUCUUCUCUCUUCUUCCUCACUUCUCCGCUCACAAUCCCCACUAAAUAUGCAAAGCAAGAUUUUGGUGCAUAACUAUGAAAUCCGUGAGCUUGGAAUUGGAGCAAAAGGACUUGGAAGCUCAUUUCUGCUGCAGCAAUCCCCAGGCCAUGGCAGGAGGCAAGUAUGCAAAGCUGAAAUAAAUGCUGCUGGGGAUGCUCCUAGUGCAGCUUCUGGGGAGUUAAGUCAAUUUGAGAAGGUUGUGGAGUUGUUAACUACUCUUUUUCCUGUAUGGGUGAUAAUUGGCACAAUAAUUGGCAUAUACAAACCUUCAGCAGUUACAUGGCUACAGACAGAUUUGUUCACUGUGGGUCUAGGGUUUCUCAUGCUUUCAAUGGGGUUGACAUUAACAUUUGAAGAUUUCAGGAGAUGCAUGAGAAACCCGUGGACGGUUGGUGUGGGAUUUAUAGCACAAUACUUUAUAAAACCACUUCUAGGAUUCAUGAUUGCUUCGAGCCUGAAACUUUCUGCUCCUCUUGCAACUGGCCUUAUUUUGGUGUCCUGUUGCCCUGGAGGUCAAGCGUCAAAUGUUGCAACAUACAUAUCUAAGGGAAAUGUAGCACUUUCAGUGCUCAUGACAACUUGUUCAACCAUUGGUGCUAUUGUCAUGACUCCACUCCUUACCAAGCUUCUUGCAGGCCAGCUAGUUCCAGUUGAUGCAGCGGGUCUGGCCCUUAGCACAUUCCAGGUCGUCUUGUUGCCCACUAUAAUUGGAGUACUGUCACAUGAAUACUUUCCAAAUUUCACAGAGAAGAUAACAACUUUCACACCAUUGGUUGGUGUUAUUCUGACAACUCUACUCUGUGCUAGUCCUAUUGGACAAGUGUCAGAUGUAUUAAAGGCUCAAGGAGGACAACUUAUAUUUCCAGUUGCAAUUCUACAUGCAGUUGCAUUUGGCCUUGGCUAUUGGAUUUCAAAAUUGUCAUCAUUUGGAGAAUCCACUUCCCGAACAAUAUCUAUAGAAACUGGCAUGCAGAUUCUUAUGAUCAAAAGUACAUUAAAUUCAGAAUGUUAA